AUGCCUGCGAUUGAUAAUUCAAUCAUAGAGCAUAGUCUCCGCAUUAAUUCAGAGGCUAAGAAAGUGCGGCAGAAGAGGAGGUCGUUCAACACAGAGAAAUGCACAGCCAUAACUGAGGAAAUAGAUCAACUUUUAGCAAUAGGCUUGAUACAAAAGGCAGAUUACCUGGAAUGGCUCUUCAACGUGAUCAGGAUGAACAAGACGGAUGAGGAAAAGACAACGUUCAUAACUGACAGAGGACUCUACUGCUACCGGAACUCAGCGAGUUUCAAAAUCAGCUAUGCGCCCAUAAACACAGUUAAAGGCCAAGACCUUGCAGAUUUCGUGGCCGAAUUCAAUGGGUUCCCUGCAGAGAUCAUGGCGCCCCCUCCCGGCCAACCCUGGACAGUCUUUGUCGAUGGGUCAGCAUGCCGAGUAGGGGGCGGCAUAGGGGUACAUAUCGUCACAGAAGCAAAACAUGAGCAUUAUUAUAUGGCGAUGCUCACCUUCGGGACCACCAAUAACGAAGCAGAAUAUGAAGCUUUAAUAUUGGGAUUAUCUGCUGCCAAGGCAUUAGGCACCAAAUUCGGAGUUCUGAAUGCCAUAAUCUCAGACAACGGGAAGCAGUUCGAUUAUGAGCAUUAUUGGGUGUCGUGCCAGGAACUCAGGAUAAAAGUGAAAUACUCGUCACCAGGCCACCCGCAGGCAAACAGACAAGCAAAAUCAACAAACAAAUUUCUACUCGGGAUCUUGAAGAAAUUAGGUGACUGGAAGGGCGAGUGGGCAAAGGAGCUACCAUGA